AUGUCGAAAGAUACUGAAGGUUAUGAACUUAUCGACGAUCAACCCGUUGAACAACUCGCCGAACAAUUGGAAGACACUCGUCUUGUCACCCCUUAUCCUGAGGAAGAUCAAGUGUCGACUAGCGAGACUUCGUCCGAAAGGAGUGAAAGUGGUUCGGAGGUAUGGGAAGAUUGGAAUCAUGAGAAAGAUGGUCCGUGGUGGGAAGGACAUGGUGUACAUCCUUGGACUUGGGGGAGACGUGGUAUGAAUUGGGGAAGAGGAGGUUUUGGAGGGUUCGGAAGAGUAGGAAGUGGAUAUCCGUUCUUCGGUCACAACUGUGGUCACCACGACUACCAUCAAGGGGAUAAUCAUGAUCGUGACUAUCAUCACUUCGGUCCCGGAUAUCACGGAUUUGGACCUGGGGGACAUCAUGGACAUUAUGGUCCACCUGGAUCACCGCAUCAUCAUAGUCCACUCGGUCCUCCUCCUCCUCCGGGUUUCUCGCCUCAUCAUGGACCUCCGAGUCACGAUUACCACCCUCAUCAUCAUCAUCUUCGUCCUCACGGUCCACCUCCCUUCUUCGAUCAUCCUGGUAUCCACCGUCGACACAGGCAUGACUUCUCUCAUCGAGCACGUCCUCCUUUCCCUCCGCUGUCUCAUUUCCCUCCUCCCCAUUUCCCAGGCCCGGAAGGUCACGACGAACCCUCUGGUCCUCCACACCAUCAUCGUGGUCCUCCGCCUCCUCAUCCUCCGCCUGGUCCUCCUCCAUUUCCCCCUCCUUCGCACCAUCCCGAACCUUACAGACCACCCAACGAGGUGAAACGUCAUAAUCAUAGACACAACCGACGACACCGUUCCCCUUCUCUCGAACGUCAGCGUCGUCAUCAUUCUCCAGACCAUGAUCAGCCUCGUUUUCACCGUCAUCGUCAUCCGCGUCAACAAACCUCUUCUCCGGAACCGGAACGACGUCGUCAACCAAGGAGAGAACAUGAAGAUACACCACCGUCUCCUAAAACCGGUCGAGGACAUUGGGUCUGGAUAGUGGAUGAACCUGAGGCUUAG